AUGUAUGUAUGAACGUGUGUACAUUUUCUCUCUGACGCUUAGAAGGAGGGGUGGUAUGGUCUUGGCGUCAACGGUCAAUAGUGCGCCCACACAUGCAAACAUACCGAACGACGGUGUGAAUACAUGAACACAUAGUAGAUGUAUAAAUAUAAUUUCAUUCAUACACAUGUAUGUAUGAUAGUGAUAAUCUACUAGAGCGGUACAGGACUAAACUCUAAAAAAAAUCAUCGUUGCCAAGAAUAACGGUUACAAUGAAGGAACUUAAAGUGGCGCGCGCCAUUAGUGAGUCGUCUACCACAUCCGAUAACACUUCCGACUUUAUCGAUAUUGUCAAGAAGUAUGAUGUGGUCUAUAACAACCAUAAUCCGGAUUAUAAGAACGUCGAGGUGAAAAUGAAGGUCUGGAAGCAAAUUUCGGAUGAAAUUGGCCUAUCAAUAGAGGCUUCCAAGAGAAAAUGGAAGAACUUGCGCGAUAGUUAUACCAAAUAUUUGCGUUCAUUUCGUGUUGGCACAAAAACGUCCAAAAAAUACCAGUACUGGGCCCAUGCUGAGCACAUGGAGUUUCUUAAGCCCUACCAGGGACCAGGCAGGAACUCGGUUAAUGGAAACGGGAAAUCGAACGAUGAGGACGACACUGAAUGUGAUUUUGGCUACCAAAUGCUGUCAAAAGCAGCCAGUAAUGCCGGUGAGGAGGAUUUAAAAAGCGCAUUGAACACAGUUACGACAGCUACAGGAGGGCUUGGCAACACCACACUCAACACACACACUGUGAAUACCUAUACCACGGCUAUGACCUGCACUGGCACAUCCGUUCUGACGCCUAGCACGGUAACCAGCGCGAUCGGCACCCCACCUAAUCUGAUCUCGCCGAGCGGCGUUUGUGCGCCAAACAACCUCAAUAGUCACAGCAGCAAUAGUAAUGGUAGCAGUGGCACUAAUUGUGCUGCAGUUGCUCCACUCAAUGCCCUGACACCGCCUGUCUCUAGCAAUUCCAACAGUGCAGUAGUCUUGCCAUUGCCCACGAUGUCCUCUGUGUCGCUCAGUGCCAUGGGCAAGGAAAAUGCCGCCGCUCUAGCUACACUCGCCAAUUUGCAUCUGGACGCUUUGCCCUUGCCGGGUACAGGCACUUCUGCUGCUGCAGCAGCCGCCGCAGUAGCUGCACAGCAAAUGUUUCCAUUGGCAACUCUUAAAGCAGCCGCUGCAGCCGCCGGAAUGCAACUACCGCCACCCAGUAGUACAGCUAACAAUGUGGGCUGUCUUAUUAUUGAGCCGCAUCUCUUCGCCGCCGCCGACAACUUCAAGAAGGAACUGAAUGCUGCUGCAGCCGUAGCUGGAACAACCCCGCUGGGACUCUUUCAAAAUUUGGCCAAUCAGGCACAUGGUUUGAACAAUCUCAAUAUAAAUGCGUUAGGCACCGGGACAAAUAUCUCAAACCGUUUGCUCACUCCCAGCGGCAUUAAUGCAGCUGGAAAUUGCAACAGCCUGCCCCUUAGCAGCCAAUCCACGUCGCCGAUGCAGAGCUCUAAAGUUAGGCGCGUGCAACCAUCCCCACAGACAGCUGCUAUAAAUCUAAGCUGCUCAGCCACGACAGCGAAUACUGCUUCUGCCGUUGCCACUCAACCGCCGCCUGCUAAAACACGUAAGCUUUCGGACCAAUCCCGUCCGUCGAGCGAUUUGGAUGUUGGCGCUGUGCUGCAGGCGAAUCGCGAUCUAGAUGCCAACACGCUGUUCUUUCUAAGUCUAGCACGCCAAGUCCGUACCAUGCCCAUGAAGUUUCAAUCACUGGCAAAGAUGCGUUGCAUGCGGAUCGUUAGCGACAUUGAAUUGGAGUUGGAGAAUGUGGACUGCAAUGGGUUGCCGCCCUCUGACGAGGGUUCUGGUGCUGCAAAUCUCAAGUAUUGUAGCAUCGAUACGCCCCCGCCGCCACAUCAGGAUGGCUCAGGACUAAUACAGCCGCCAAUUUCCAUGGCGCCUGAUGGUUCUACUGAGCAUUUUGUAUAUGUUAUGUCGCCGUCACGGGUGGAAAGUAUGAUUGACAUAUCGUCGUCAGACGAAGAGACGAAUAUGAAUGGCAUGCCAGUGGGCGCCGGUUCAUGAAUAUUUUAAAGGUGUCACCAUCGAAAUUUACAUUCUAAUUGUGUAAUGAAUAAUAAACUAUUAGCUGCUGAAAUUAGUAUCUUAA